AUGCAUAUCUCUAUAUUCUUAUCUUUCUGCUAUUUCGCUGCAAUAGUUGUCACCGGUCAAAAAGUUGCAAAAAGUGUGAAACAUGUUUCCCAAAGUUUCGAUUUAAGCUUGAAAGAUAGAUCUGAUUCAUCAUCAGGAUCUUCUUCUUAUUCCGUUAUUAAAUUUGAAAACCUUGGGUUUUCAGGAACCUACCAACUAGUAAAGGAACUUUCUGACGUAACAUCAGACAAAUGUACUUGCGAAUUGAGCGACGAUACAACAAGUUUUUCGGGUUCAAAUGCUCCAUUUAAUGAAGAAGUAUCUGUUCAUUUCAGAGGCCCCUUAGUGUUAAGUCUGUUUGGGUAUUUCACUUCAGAAAAUUUUUUGGUCGGGGACAAUUCAUCAGGGAGUUGGGAAAGAAGAGCUUAUUAUGGGGCCUCUUCUUCGACGUCGGAAAAUGUAACUUUCUUGACUAAAGCAGGUACAGAUUCUCCAUGUCUUGGGAAAGCAUUAACUUAUGCAGGCUCGAAUGGAACAAGCGAGGCCAAAGAGUCGACUGUGUUGAGUCAAGAUGCUCAAAUAUCCUCUAACGAGGAAUACGUUAUAUUUUCAAAUAUUUCUUGUGAUUCGUCUGGAUUCGAUAAUGACUGCGGUGUUUAUAGAUCCGGAAUACCAGCAUAUCAUGGUUACUAUGGGAAAAUUAAGAUGUUUCUUUUUGAGUUUAAGAUGCCAACGGAAUCAGAGAAGGAUGAGGAUACUUCAAAUUACAACAUGCCUGCAAUAUGGUUACUAAACGCACACAUUCCUAGAACUUCUCAAUAUGCACUGAAUGUUAAUUGUUCAUGUUGGCGAUCAGGUUGUGGUGAGUUUGAUAUUUUUGAAAUUAUGAAUACUACGGAGGCUAACGACUUAUACUCAACUGUUCACGAUUACCAAGGAACUGGUGACAUCGAAAAUGGACUUCAAGCCGAUGGACAUUUGACGCGUGAUACAGAGGGAACCAUGAAAGGGGGCGUCGUAUUCGAUAAGGAUGGAAAUGCCAUCGUAUUUAUGUCUAAUUCAUCAACCUUUGAUUCAAAUAUUUCAGCUUCGAAAUUAAACAGCUGGAUCGAAGAAGCAGGGUAUUCUGUUGUUGACAAACUAGAUAGUGUCACAGCUACAAGCACAAGUAAGUCCUCUAAAGGAGAGGCUAUUCAUUUUUAUAAGACUACCGCUAUCCAGAAACUAUUCGCAUACUUAUCAAUCUUAGUAACACUCUUUGUUUAA